AUGUCGGCCGGGGGCGGCGGGCUGGGGACCCCCCGGGCCCUGCCCUCCUCCGGGCCCCGGGCUCUGCGGGACAUGCCGCACCCGCUGGCCGCUUCCAGCAGCGAGGAGGCGGCCUCCGAGCUCACCCCCAGCCCGGACCUGCUGCUGCCCCGCAGCUUCGCUGACAAGGAAAAGAGACCCCAGUGGCUCAGUUACCUGUUAACCUCUACCAGUGACGUAGCUGCUGUUCUGGUUGAUGGCCGCUCCCCAGCUGGAGGCAGCAUGGGGAUGCUGAACUGUCAGAUGCUAGAUCUCAGUCUGCCCAAUGGCACUCCUGUAGAUACUUCCAGCCCAGCCUCCUCCUCCUCACUGCUCAACAGACUGCAGCUGGAUGACGACUUGGAUGGGGAAACUAGAGACCUCUUUGUCACUGUCGAUGAUCCCAAAAAACACAUCUGUACAAUGGAGACGUACAUCACGUACAGGGUUACAACAAAGACCACACGGGCAGAGUUUGACUUGCCAGAAUACUCCAUACGCCGACGGUACCAGGACUUUGACUGGUUGAGGAAUAAGCUGGAGGAAUCUCAGCCAACACAUCUCAUUCCCCCUCUUCCUGAGAAAUUUGUGAUGAAGGGAGUUGUUGAUCGCUUUUCUGAAGAAUUUGUGGAGACGAGGAGGAAAGCUUUAGAUAAAUUCUUGAAAAGAAUUGCAGACCAUCCAGUACUUUCUUUCAAUGAACAUUUCAAUGUGUUUCUCACAGCCAAGGAUCUUAAUGCCUAUAAAAAACAAGGAAUGGCGUUGCUCUCCAAGAUGGGAGAGUCCGUAAAAUAUGUCACAGGCGGUUAUAAACUCAGAAAUCGACCGCUGGAGUUUGCAGCCAUAGGAGACUACCUAGAUACAUUUGUUCUCAAGCUUGGAACCAUUGACCGAAUAGCACAGCGGAUUAUCAAGGAGGAACUGGAAUACCUGGUGGAACUGCGAGAGUAUGGACCGGUUUACUCCACCUGGGGUGGGUUAGAAGUGGAGCUAGCAGAACCUCUGGAAGGAGUGUCUGCCUGUAUCGGGAACUGCUGUACCGCUCUCGAGGAACUGAGUGAUGACAUGACAGAGGACUUCCUGCCUGUACUCAGAGAGUACAUCUUGUACUCGGAGUCCAUGAAGAACGUACUAAAGAAAAGAGACCAAGUUCAAGCAGAGUAUGAAGCAAAAUUGGAAGCUGUAGCCUUGAAAAAAGAAGACCGCCCCAAGGUGCCGGCAGAAGUUGAAAAAUGUCAGGACCGAGUGGAAUGCUUCAAUGCUGACCUGAAAGCCGACAUGGAGAGAUGGCAGAACAACAAGCGCCAAGAUUUUAGGCAGCUGCUUAUGGGAAUGGCCGAUAAAAACAUCCAAUACUAUGAGAAGUGCCUUACGGCGUGGGAGUCAAUUAUACCACUAUUACAAGACAAACCAGAGACCAAAUAAGAAGCUCCAUAGCCCACAGACUUCUCUACACAAGUGCACAGUACCACUAAACCUACUGGAGCUGUAUGAUGCACUACUUUGUUGAGAGUUACCUGAGAAAUGCCAGCUAUGCCCAGUUUGGUACAGACCCAUUGAAAAGCAUUUGGACUUCUUCCUCUUUUUGUGUUAAGCCGGUAUGU